AUGAGUGCUAACUGGGCUGAUUUGAUCAAGGAUGUUGGUCAAGUUUUUCGUGGAGGUGCUGUGGAGUUUAGGAAAGCUUUAUGCAUGUAUUUGGUGGAAACUGGAUUUGAGUUUACAUACGUUAAGAAUGAGCGUGUACGUGUCACAUCUGAAUGCAGACACAGGACAAUAAAAAACUGUAUGUGGAGGAUACACGCAUCAGUUGAGAAGGCCAGUCGGUAUUUUUAUAUAAAGAAAUUUGAGAAGCAUCACACUUGUGGAUCUUCUUUUGGGUCGUCAAGGCAGAAUAGAAUGACGUCUGACAUUAUUGCUGGUAUGAUAGUUAAUUUGGUACGAGCGAAGCCAGACAUGGUUGCUAAUGAUGUUAUUGUGGAAAUGAAGCUGAAUUAUGAAGUCGACAUUAGCUAUUAUGUGGCUUGGAAGUCUGUCACGGCAGGGAAGCAACAUAUUUUUGGUGAUGAUACUAGUUCAUACUCACACUUACCGUCGUACUUCGAAGAACUUGGUCGUACCAAUCCGGAUAGCGUUUAUAAUCUUGACAUCGAUGCAGAUACGAUGAAGUUUCGACGUUGCUUUUUUGCUUUUGGUGCAUGCUUGUCGGGUUUUAAGUCAUGUCGACCGACACUCUCCCUGGAUGGAACAUUUCUGCACAACAAACACAAAGGCAUUUUGUUAACAGCAAUUGGGCAAGAUGGUCAUAACAGUUAG